AUGGAUGAAUUCCCGGGGCUCCUGCACAGGGACUUCGGUCUUCGUCCACAGGGGAAGGGCGCCCCAAUGUCGGCCACGAAGACGGGGGUCGGAUCGACGGCAAGAUUUGGAUCUGGUGCCGGGGGCUCGGCCCUCCCCAGCGAUCUCUUCGGCGGUGACCCGCAGAGCGGCCACCGAGCUCAGCGGGAUGACGAUGACUUCUUCGGCGUGGGGGGAGCCCCGACUGCAAAGUACUCGUCCGACAGUGCCACGUUCGGUUCCGACCCGUUCUUCUCCAUGGGAACGAAGCUGGGGUCGUCGCCUCCGGUGGAGGCUGGCUCCUCCCCGUCGAUGCCGGUCUUCGACAAGCCGGUGUAUGACGACGAUGGGGAUAUCUUCAGCGGGCUCCCGGGUAUGAAGAAGGGAUUCUCAGCCUCUGCCACGGUGCAGAAUGACGUGUUCUCCCCUCCCGCAUACGAGGACGAUCUCCUCGCCGGCCUCGGCGGCUCCCGGCCAGGGUCGAGGGGGUCAGGAGUCAAUGGGGGAGCUAGAAAUGUUUCCAGCAAAGCGUCAUCUCGUUAUGAUGUCAAUCUCCUAUCUGGCUUCGGAGAUUCGGGUGAUAGAAACGUAUCUGACGCCUCUUCGAACCGCGUUUCCCCUCCUUUCGAUGAUGACCUGCUGGCUAGUCUCGGCAGGGGAAAAGCUUAUACAGACAGCAGGAGAUCUGGUGCUUCUUCAAAUCAUUCCCCUCCAUCUUUUGAAGCUGACCUUCUUGCUGGUCUCAGUGGGGUACCAAGGCAUUCGGGGGAAGAGAAGAGGUCUCAGGAGAAAAAGAGCAUCUCUAGUUUUGAUGAUCUGAUACCUGGGUUUGGUGGGACCAGCCUCCCUGGUCAGAAAAGGUAGGCUGUAUCUCUGUGAUAACAUAGGCCUGCAAAACGCUUUUCUAUUCCCAUGACUUAGCACGUAAGUAUUUGGUAUUUUUUUCCCCUUUCUGUAUUCCUUUCAGGGGAAUUGACUGCCUUCUCAGCAGAGACAAUUAGAAUAAAUUUUGUGGAAGAAACUACUAUUUAAGAGAGAAAUAGAUGUUAGUUUAAUAUCUCUAGUCUCUGGUCAUUGGGAAGACAUUAAUGAUCAGUACAUCCAAAAAAAAAACAUUAGGUGAAUAAGGUUUUACAAGAUGAGGACGGGAAAAUGGUUGGUCUCAAGAAUCAUUUUAUUUAUCAAAUGGUAUUGUGGUCUAUGGGAAAGCGGGUAAAUAAUGCUGCGAACGAGUGGUAGAGACUAAAACAUCUGAACUGAAUAAUACUAGUAUAUCCAUUCCGUUUGACUAAAAAAUUGGCUGGUGAACGAUCAAUCUCUUGCUCAGAUAAAUGAUGAAGGACAGAUGCUUUUCACUGACGACUACUGUUUUUGACUUGAUUUUCUUAUUCUGAAAAAUGUCAAUAAUCUCGCUGAUUUGCUUCCCCCGCUGAGGUGGAGGAAGAUCUACGAAAUCUAGCUCUGUGGGCUGUACGGUGAAACAGUCAUUUUAAUAGUUUGCUGACAUCAAUUAGGGAUUCAGGAGAAGAGAGGUGAGAAAUACGUCAGAAAGAAUAUUAUUUGUCGUGGGGGGGGGGGGGUUUGUCUACUGUUGUUGUGGGCUUUCACGUCUACUCAUGAUGUCUGGAUCUCUGCUGUCUGUUGAUGCUUUUGACCUUGAGUCUUUUGUGAUACUCCUGCCUCUCAAAAUAAGUUAUUUGCUGGCCUUGCUCCAUCUAUGUGCUUUAUUUCCUGUUGAUGCUCCAUUCCAGCAUCUGCAUUUGAUAUUGCUCCCUCCCGAGCCUGCAUUUCUCUCAUGUACUAUGCCUAUUCUUCAAUUCCUUUGUGCUUAAUGCCAUGCUUCUCUAUCCGCUCUAUUUAGAUUUCCUCCUGCCGUCAUACAUUCUUCCCUUUACGUUUUUUUUGGGUUUAUGGUUGAUCAAUUACCCAACUUCUUCCUUGCAUUGGAUGUCCAUAACUUGGUUGUGAUUGAUGCUAACAAGUUGCACUGGUAGGAUUUUUUAACGCUCAUGAAGGCGUGCUCUCUCUUGUUUGAUUUAUUGGUGUUUCAUGGGAUUAUUUUUCUCCUCAUUGCAUUCCAUUUCAUGUCCGUCAGUUGGUGUUAGUCAUGAUAUUAAUCUUGAUCAUAAAUGCCCGAUUCUGCCUCUAUAUCAAGCGAUAGUUCUUCUGGACGUCAGCAUAUAGACACUAAUAUCAUGGUUCAAUUUUUCACUGUCCAGCGAUUGUAUUCUUACAUUUUGUCAUUAUUCACGUUAUUUGUAACUCUAGCUGAUUGAGCAUCCAUAAAUGGAAAGUUCCAGCCAGUUGUUUUUUUGUGUAUGUAGAUCUGUAGAUGUGUAGACCCUGGUGUCAGUGGGCCAGGUACCCCUGGAUACUGGUUGGCCCUAGCUGGAACUUUGCCUUGCUCGGAACCCCAAACCCAUCUCUUCUCAAGUUUAUGUAAUCACUAUCUCGCUUCCUUGGCGACGGUCUUCUUCUUCCUCUGCCCUCUUCUUCCCUCCUUCCAUCUAGCUGCAAUCCUUCCGUUACACUGGUAUGUGGGCCCACACCUUCCCUCCCUCCCUCAAUGGUACCACCUAACCCCCCCUGGCUGCUCCCUUUUGAAAUCACUGAGAACGUCGGUUUUCUGGUCUGAGCCGGACCUGUGGCCCAUACAAGCUCAACCCAGUGGUCUCAUAUCUGGAUUUUUCGUUAGGCCCAGGCUCAGUCUGGGCUUUGCAAAAUUCUCAUGGGCUUGAGAUGGUAUUUGGAAAGCCAGUCCUAAUAGCUCCUGCUUGUAUGUGAAGCUAAUAUAUUAUCUCAUUCAGUUUCGUAGCUGUUGCCAGAGCCAUUCUUCUAUUUCUAGUUCAUUCUUACUGGCCUUCAUUAUCCCGUGAAUUUUAUCUAACAUUAUAAUUUUUGACAGUGGGUUAUCAGAGAGUAAACAACAAUCAUCGGUUUCAUCAGCCAAACCCACUGUUACAGUGGCAGAAGAUCCAUUUGUAGUUCUUGAGUCGACAUCUGCCACAACAUUUUCCUCACCAGGGUUGUUUACCGAACGCUCAGAACACAUCAGCAGACCUUCAGCAAGUGUGAAGUCCGAUGUCUCUUCUGCAAAGGUCGAUGGACUUUUUGAUGAUAUUAAUGGAUUUGAUGGUUUUAUGAAACCAACAGCAUCACUUGGCAAUAAUCAGAACAAUCGGAACCCUUUAGAGACUGCUGGAAAGGGAACUGGAGGGGAAACAUCCAUGAAGGCCUCUGAUAGUAUCUAUCAAAAAUCAGUGCGUGCAGAUAAUUCGCACCAAAAUUUGUUUGACAAGCCGAGUUAUUCAUCAGAGUCAUCUAGAUCUGUUCAUAGGAAUGGUGAUUCAAAUUUAGAAGAUGUCAAUCCAUAUGAUGCAAGUUCCAAGGUAAAUAAUCUGCAAGAGCCUGAAGAAACUUCUGUAGUAGACGAUGAUUUCUGGGUUACUGUUUGUGAAAUUCAGCUUAUCACACCUCCUACUAGUGCUCCUCCUCCAUCAAGGCCCCCUCCCCCUCCUUCCUUUAAAAUCAAACAAGCACCAAGUCAGGAUGAUGGUUCUUCACAUGGUUCAAGUAGCAGAAGAAUGGCUAGUGACUCAUUUGCUCCUCAACCAACUGAAAGUUAUGUAUCCCAAAAUUCACGUAAUGACGGAUCAAAAAGAUCUGCUGUUAGUACAUUGGAUGGACUUGAAGAAUUUGCCAUGGGCAAGUCUCAAGCUUAUGGCACUGAAGCACACUCGGGUGAAGAGGAGGUUGAGAGGAAUUCAGCUGCAGCUGCUAUGAAAGAAGCUAUGGACAAAGCUGAAGCCAAAUUUAAACAUGCCAGGGAAGUGAGGGAGAGAGAAAGAGAUUUGAAAUCUUUUAAGAACAGGGAAGCUGGACAACAGGUAAGAGAAGAGGAUGAUAAAGAAAAGGAGAGGGUGAACCAUGAAAGAGAACAGAGGGAAAGGGAGAAGGAAAAGGAGCAACAGAGACUUGAGAAGAUGAGAGAGUUGGAACUUGAGAGGGAAAGGGAAAGAGAAAGAGAAAGGGAAAGAGAAAGAGCACGACAAGCUGUUGAGAGGGCUACUCGGGAAGCACGAGAAAGAGCGGCUGCUGAAGCUCGUCAAAGGGCUGAGAGGGUUGCGCGCGAACAGUCAGACCGAGCUGCUGUUCAGAGAGCACAAGCAGAAGCACGUGAAAGGGCUGCUGUUGAGGCAAAGGAGAGAGCUGAAAAGUUGACUGCAGAAAGGGAGAGAGUGGCUACAGAAGCAAGAGAGAGAGCAGCAUCAGAAGCAAGAGAGAGAGCAGCAGCGGAAGCAAGAGAGAGAGCGGCUGCAGAAGCAAGGGAAAAAGCAUCAAAGGAGAGAGCUUCAAGGGAGAAGGCUGCUGUGGAGUUGAGGGAAAAAUCUGAAAGGGCUGCUGUCGAAAGAGCUGCAGCUGAAGCACGGUCUAGGGCACAACGGGCUGCUGUUGAAAGGGCUGCUGCAGAAGCUCGUGAAAGGGCUGCUGCAGAAGCUCGGGAAAGAGCUGCUGCUGUGGCAAGAGAGAAGCAGCAAAGAAGUGAAAGUGAUCUAGACUCAUUUUUUAGUAUGGGUGCUCGGGCGAACAGUGCACCCAAGGAAAGAUCAACCCCAGCUGUGCGUACCCAUCCUUGACUUUAUGCUGAACCCUGUCCGGUUUCAUAAUCAACACAGUUAAUUAUUUGUUAUUUUGAUUGUUGUUUUCAGGAAUCUGCUUUUGAUGCUCAAUUUCAAAACAAGGGAAAUUCUGACAGAAAUCAGAGGUCUUCUGGUGUUCCAUCCGGCAUGAGAAGGCCAUCAUCCACGACUAAUUUCAUCGAUGAUCUCUCAUCAGUUUUCAAUGGUAUCUUUCUUUUUGCGAUAACAUAUAUUCUCAAGCAUUAUUUAUGUGCCCUAUCAUGUCUUAGAUUUUUAAUUUUUAGGCUAAUUAUUAACAAUUUCUUCCCUAAGCAGGUAAAUCAAAUGACGAAUUUCGAGAAAUUGAAGGGGAGACUGAAGAAAGGCGAAAAGCAAGAUUAGAACGGGAACAAAGGACACGCCAGCGUACAGUAUGUUUCUGAAGUCAUAAUAACAAGUUACUAUCUUUUAUUCUUUAGAGGAUGCCUGAAUAAGCUCUAUGUGGUUUUCUUAACUAUUAAAUUUGCUUUCAAAAUCUUCUAAGUUUUGUAGUCAUUUCUUGUGGAUGAUUAUUUCCCUGUUUAUUAUUGGAUUUCUCCUUAAACUUAUUUUCAUUUUUGUAAUAUUCAGGCAAAAGCGUUGGCUGAGAAAAAUGAACGCGAGUUACAAGUGCAGAGAGAGCAAGCUGAAAGAGAUGUACCUUCCCUUACUCCCUCUCUCACUCCUUGAGCCUAUGUGUACAACAGAUUGAUGCUUACUUUUGUUACCAGCAUUUUAUUCAUUUGACAUAAGUGCCAUUCCAUCUACUCUUCUUUUAUAACUCCGUUGAUUUAGCUAAUUACUGUCAUAUAAAUUGCUUUCUCAGAGGAUUUCUGAUUCCCUGAAUAUGGAGAUAAGGCGGUGGGCUGCAGGAAAAGAAGGCAACUUAAGAGCUCUUUUGUCAACAUUGCAAUAUGUGGGUUUUGAUGCAUCUUCAGUGUAUUAUUUUUGUAUAUUGACGAACUCUGCUAUGAACUUGUGCUUCUCUUCAUGUUCGUUUUUUCGGUGCUGUUGGUAAAAUUUUCUUUCAAUUGUUUCUUUCAUCUUGUCGUAACUUGUAUGCUCUUGUAACACAAAUGUGCUAUUGGAACUACUUGAUUCAAGCAAAGUCUGAAAAGAUACACUCUUGGAAUAAAAGACAGAAGACCUUAGAGCUUUUCAUGAGGGCAUCCAUACAUACGCUGUUAGCUAAUCAAUAUUUGUUUGAAAAAGUGGAUCAUCUCUUCGCCAGGAAGUUCUUCCACCACGGAAACCUUUGCUCUAUGAAAUUGCUGCCUGACAGAGUCAACAUUGUUUGGAUCAUAGUGAAAUUAUUGCGUGAUCGAUAAUUUCUCCAGGGAUGAGGAUCUAAGAUGUGAAGCUUUUUUGCAGUAUUUAUACUUCACUGGGAUACCUGCGGUGUUAGGGUUCAAGGUUAGCUAGCUUAGUAAGACUAGUUCGAUUGUCCUGACUUCAAUGGACCUGAAGCGACUCAGCUGUGGAUGUAGUCCUAAAAAUGUUAACAAUGUGACAUGGCCGAUCUGAAUGACCAUGGAAUGUCGGAGAACCGAUUCGAGCAGGAGAUGAAUGUGAUGUGAAACAAGGAAAAUCAUGGUUGCAUUUGCCUUGUUUCUUUAACUCUUUUGCUUUUUCUUGUCUCUGCAAUGUUUUGCUCAAACUUGUCGGAGUUGUAUUGAUAUGUUACAUGGUGGAAACCAUAGAUUCCCCACCAUCUCUCUCUCUCUCUCUCUCUCUAGUGAGGGAGAGGUCGGGUAUCUGUUACUGAUGCUGAUUUAAAUUUUUCUAAUUUGUCUAUUUUCAAUUGAUGAUAUUUUGAUAACUCAGUCUACUGAAUCAUUUCAACCCAUUCGAUUAUUUCCCUCUUUUUUCUGUGUUGGCUUGCUUCUUCCCCCUGUUUUCAUUCACGGAUAAACAGCCAGGAGAAAUCUCUUUUACUAAAAUCAUAGAACAAUUGCUAGUUAUACACAAGUACCCUGGACACUAAGAAAAGGAAACUAACAAACUGAGAAGCUGAUAAACUAGGAAACUGACCAACAGAUACUAACUCCUAAUUACACGUUUCUCUCAUAAUUUCUUGUCUUGUCAAAUGUUUUUGAUUCGCUGGUAGAUUUAUUAUUUUUCGUUUUUUUGUUAUUACAUGAAUAUCUUACUCUCUUCUUCUUUUUUUUUUUUCUUUUCCUCUUUUGAACUUUCCUGCAGGUCCUGUGGCCUGACAGCGGUUGGCAGCCAGUUUCUUUGACCGAUCUAAUUACUGCCGCAUCGGUGAAGAAGGUUUACAGGAAAGCAACACUGUGUGUUCAUCCGGACAAGGUGGUAUCUGGAACGGUGCAACAAAAGUACAUUGCAGAGAAGGUGUUUGACCUCCUGAAGGUAACUCAUACCUGCCCUAGAAACCUUUUUCUUCCCUUUUUAAAGCCCAUCUCAUGAUUGGAAUCCUUACAUUUAUAGUUAAAAUCAUUUAAAUUAUUUAUUAUGUCCAAGUCAAUGCGGUUUAUUGGCAUAUUUGGUUAAAUGAUCAUGUGGGUGAUUUCGUCAGAGGGUGAGGUUGACUCCUGCUAACCCAUUAUCCAGGGGUUUAGGGUUAUGAUUAUGGUUGUGGGUUUGUUCAAGAUCCAUGGACGGUGGGAGGUGGGUCAUUGGGACGACAUUUAAUGGGGUUGACCGGUAAGGCAUGUUGAAGGAAAGUCAACCCCACUUGAUCGAGAUAUCUCAUUGCGUUGACUUUAUUUUUGUGAAACAGGAAGCCUGGAACAAGUUCAACUCCGAGGAGCUCUUCUAG